AUGGGGAGUUUCACUCUCCGUUCCCUCUCAAUCUCCGCUUCUUCAUCAGCCUCCUUCCUCUCUCUCCGCCGCUCUCCGUCGAAUUCGUUAUCGCUUCCUCAGCCUUCGUUUUCUGUUUACUCAUCCCCAACAGUCCGAUCACUCUCCAUCUCCUCCACUCGGUUCACUCCACGCGCCGCCGCCUCCUCCUCCUCGGAGAAACCAUACCGAUCUCAAUCUUCUUCUUCGCCACUGAACAAACCUCAGCCGUAUUCUUCGCCGCCGCAAGGAGCGAAGCUGAUUCCUCUAGCAAUCUCCGUCUCAAUCGGUCUCAUCGUCCGAUUCUUAAUCCCUAGACCGGAACAAGUGACGUCACAAGGAUGGCAAUUGCUCUCAGUUUUCCUCUUCACGAUCUCAGGACUCGUCCUUGGUCCACUCCCUGUCGGUGCUUGGGCUUUCGUCGGCCUAACCGCUUCGAUCGUCACCAAAACGCUUACCUUCUCAACCGCUUUCGCCGCUUUCACCAAUGAGCUCAUCUGGCUAAUCGCGAUUUCCUUCUUCUUCGCUCGCGGAUUCAUCAAAACGGGCCUCGGCGACAGAAUCGCCACGUAUUUCGUAAAAUGGCUCGGCAAGAGCACUCUUGGUCUAUCGUACGGUCUCGCCUUCUGUGAAGCGUUUAUGGGUCUGAUUAUGCCGUCUCCGAUGGCUAGAGCCGGUGGCGUUUUCUUGCCGGUGAUCAAAUCACUGUCUCUCUCCGCCGGAAGUAAACCUGGAGAUCCAUCUUCGAGAAAACUUGGUGCUUUUCUGAUUCAGACUCAGUUGCAGGUAAAGCAAAUCCAGAUUCACUUUUGUAAGUUCAAUCACUAUCAACAAUCCAGAUAUUCAUGUUGUUCAGGAACAUCUGGUGCGCUUCUCCUCACAUCAGCUGCACAAAACUUGCUAUGUUUCAAACUAGCGCGAGAAGUUGGUGUGGUACUCACAAACCCAUGGGUCUCAUGGUUUAAAGCCGCGAGUGUUCCCGCGUUUGCGUCUCUUCUUUGUACUCCUCUCAUCAUCUACAAGCUUUACCCUCCUGAGCUGAAACACACACCAGACGCUCCUGCUGCAGCUGCAAAGAAACUAGAACGAUUAGGUCCCAUCACGAAAAACGAGUGGAUCAUGCUGGCAGCGAUGGCGUUCACCGUCUCUCUUUGGGUUUUCGGAGAGGCAAUAGGAAUAGCAAGUGUUGUGUCUGCGAUGAUCGGUCUAUCGACGCUUCUGCUGUUGGGAAUCAUAAACUGGGACGACUGUCUAAGCGAGAAAUCAGCGUGGGACUCGCUCACUUGGUUCGCGGUGUUGAUUGGUAUGGCAGGACAGCUAACGAACCUCGGGGUCGUUGCGUGGAUGUCGGAUUGUGUGGCGAAAAUGCUCCAAGGACUGUCCCUGAGCUGGCACGCGUCAUUCGUGAUACUGCAGGCUUGUUAUCUCCUGAUCCAUUACCUAUUCGCAAGCCAAACCGCACACGCAGGAGCUCUCUAUCCGGCCUUCUUGGCGAUGCAGAUCGCUGCUGGAGUGCCUACGGUUCUAGCAGCGCUUUGCUUGUCUUUCAAUAACAAUCUCUCUGGUGCAAUGACACAUUACAGUAGUGGACCAGCUGCUUUAUACUAUGGAGCUGGAUACGUUGAUCUUAAAGAUAUGUUUAGACUCGGGUUCAUUAUGGCUUUUGUACAAGCAGUCAUUUGGGGAUUUUUCGGAUCUUUCUGGUGGAAAUUUUUGGGUCUCUACUGA